AACCACCUCUCUGCAGCAAGCUGGCUGGGAAGCUCCCAGUUCUAAAGAGAGGCUGUUUACCAGAAGAGCAUAACAAGGGCAGGUCUGACUGCAAGGCUGGGAACGGGAGGCAGAGUCGCCGCCAAGGGGACCCCGGUUGGACCCUGGUUGGUCAGUCACCUGCAGGACGAAGGAGGUGAGGAUGCUGUUGGCCUGGCUGCAAACAAUCCUCGUGGUCAGCAACAUGCUCCUGGCAAAAACCUAUGGAUCUGGAGGCUGCUUCUGGGACAACGGCCACCUGUACCGGGCGGACCAGCCCUCUCCCGCGCCGGGCCUCCUCUGCCUCAACUGGCUGGACGCGCAGAGCGGCCUGCUAUUUGCCCCCGAGUCGGGCGCCGGCAACCACAGCUACUGCCGGAACCCGGACCAGGACCCACGUGGACCCUGGUGCUACGUCAGCAGCGAGGCCGGCGCUCCCGAGAAGCGGCCUUGCAAUGACCUGCGCUGCCCAGAGACCACUUUCCAGGGCCCGCCAACCUCUACAACAGAAACCGAGGAGGUGUCUGAAGUGCCAGGAGGAGAUGAGGUGCAGGUGUUUGCUCCUGCCAACACCCUGCCUGCCCAGAGCGAGGCCGCUGCCGUGCAGCCAGUGAUUGGGAUCAGCCAGCGGGUGCGGGUGAACUCCAAAGAGAAAAAGGACCUGGGAACCCUGGGCUACGUGCUGGGCGUUACCAUGAUGGUGAUCAUCAUCGGCAUUGGAGCUGGCAUCGUCCUCGGUUACACCUACAAGAGGGGCAAGGACCUGAAAGAGCAGCAUGAGCGGAAGGUGUGUGAGAGGGAGAUGCAACGAAUCACCCUGCCCUUGUCUGCCUUCACCAACCCCACCUGUGAGAUCGUGGAUGAGAAGACCGUUGUGGUCCAUGCCAGCCAGACUCCAGUUGACCUUCAGGAGGGCAGUGCCCCCCUCAUGGGCCAGGCGGGCACUCCAGGCGCCUGAGCCCCCCAUGAUGGGCAGGAGCCCAUGCAGACACUGGUGCAGUACUGCCUACCCACCUACAGCUGGGAGGAUCUACACUUUUUGUUGUGGUUAAAACCCCCCACUUAUUUUUUUGGUUUGUUUUUGGUGAAUCCUAAGACAAGCAGGUGGCACUGUGGGAUGAGGGUGAGGCUGGGUGGGGUCCUACCAAUGCUCUUCCUCCAUCCCGUGGAGCAGGAUUUUGCCCGUGGAUGGAGGCAUCGGCAGUCCCCACAGCAGUGCUGCCAACAGGGGCUUUCAGUGCCCCGGAACUGAACCAGGGAUGGACAGGGAGCUCCCCCAGCUCCUCUGUGCUUUAUUGUCCAAGAUGGCCUCAGCCUCUGCCUCCCCAUGUGUUCUCCUUGGGCUUGAGUGGUGCACACUGUUAUUCACAGUUCAGGUCAUGUAGGUUGAGAAGCGGUGUUUAAAAAAGAUAUUUAGUUUUUUAAAUAUUUGGGAUGCAAUUCCCUGCUGACCUCUGAGAAAUGGAAAUGAGUCUGUACGAAAGUCAGAACUGUGGGUUGAGAACGGGAUCUAGGUGGGGGGCUGCUGGCAGUGAUGUGCCUUGACAACCGUGGGCUGGGCCCAGGGACUCUUCCUGUUUUGAAAGGAAAGGAGGGGAAAAAUCGCACUGAACAUUCCACUUAGGAAGAGGGUAAAGAAAGAUCUGCAGCUGCCUCAGGCCACAGGACCCGAGUGGACCUGGGGUACCCCAGACGGUUUCUCUUCAGGGUGGACAGUGACCUCUCUUCAUUCUUCAGGGGUGAGACAGCAGCCAGCUAACCUACGGGAAUGACACUGUGGGUGAGGCCUUGUGAACUGCUUCUGAGAGGUUAACCUGGAAACCCACUCGGAGGCAGGGCGAUGGAGGGCUUCAGGACUUGGCUCCUGCCUCGGCCCAAAUCUGCAGGUGGCUCUGUAGCCUCCAGGCCAGCGCCUUCCUGUGGCGUCAGUAGGGCGAGGGCCACAACCCCUAACUUGUAAAAUAAUCAUAGAACCAUUGGAAGGGACCUUAGGGUUCCCGAAGCCUUUUGGACAGAGGGGCCAGAAGUGGAAACUGACAUUCAGGGUCACAGAGGAAGCUACCAGCACGGCCAGCCCUGAGGCCCUGAUAUCACACUCGGAGGCCUUAGCACUGCUUCCCGUCCACGUAGCUUCCUUCCCAAAGCCCUGCCACUGCCUCACAUGGAGAGGGGUUAGUGGGGCCCAGUCUCUCCCGCAGGCUGUUCCUGGAAGUGAUUUGCUGAGGGGAUCUAGGCCUCAGGGGGUCCCUUGUUGGUAGUGAUGCAGAAGAGAACAUUACUGGUUUCUACUUUUCUAUAAAAGCAUUUCUCUGUGUACAAGUUUUAUAUACCUCAUUCUGACACCUGCCUAUAAAGUGCAGGAAAUUGCUCUGCAUUUGACUUACAUAAAUAAAAAAAAAAAA